AUGUCUGUGAUCGUAAAUAUCUCUAAUGAGGAUCCUGCAUUCGAGCUGCUGAGAAUUACAAAAGGUCUUAUCAACGCAGAGUCUAUUAAAGACAAGUGAAUUGUCCACUCAAAGGUCAUAAAAGUUGAAAAAGUCCUGAAAAUCAUCUUUGAACAGAUCCAGAAUCUCCUUGAAGGGAGCGAUUCAGAUAUCCAAGGCCGCUUUACAUUAAUCGCGUUUUUACUAAAUUCAAGAAAAAAUAAUGAGCUUACCUUAUAUUUGAUCACAAAUUUAUGUUCCCUCACAGAACAAAGAAAAGCAGCUAUGCAAGCUCUUUCAUUUCUCUAUGAUACAAUCUCAGAAGGUUUUUUGAAGUUUGCUAUUUUCAAAGCUAUUGUGUCACAAGCUAAAAAUGCUGAUCUCUUAAACAUGAUUUUGCCUCAUUUGCAGAAAAUCGAAAAUUUCAGCAAAGAAUGGGCUGAAGUCAGCUCAGGAGAAAAACAAGAGUUUUAUUGGGAAAUCUCAAAAUUGCCUAUAAACGAAAGCUUAAAAGCGAAAUUUAUAAAGAUGCUAAUCUCAGAAACCUCUGAACUUCCUCAUGAGCACUUUGAAGAAGCUUUUUCGCAAUUAAUUUCUUAUUCUGAUGCUUCAGAAAUAGGCUCUAUUCUUCAGCUUCCUUGUAUUCACAAAAUAUAUGGCCAUUUCGCUGAGCUUGUAAAAAUUUUGCAAGAAGUUUCAGUGCCAAAAUACCUUCAAUUUAAAGAGCAUCAUGAAGAAUAUUUAGAAUCCAAAAAUUUUAACGCUGAAAAAUGCCUUGAUACUAUAAGGGUUUUAGCGUUAUGUGAUCUUGCUAAGCAGCAUGAAGAAUUUACUUAUGCAGAAGCCGCUGAACAUUUGAAAGUAAGUGAGGAUGAAAUUGAUGAAUGGGUAGUCAAGGCAGUGACCUUUAAUUUGCUUGAUGCAAGAAUUGAUGAGGUUGAGAGAAAAAUAAGGGCUACCAAAAAUACAAGUGAUCAGAGUGGAGGAUAUUGGGAAAAUAUUGGAAAUUUGUUGGAAAAUUGGGAAAGAAAUUUAAAUAAAUAA